UGACAAGGCCGGACCAAGGACACAGCGGCUGUCCUGCACAAGUCCGAAGUUUGAAGUGGCAACCACCUGUCUACCCGACAGGCUGAGCAGUGCUGCAGCAGCAGUUGUAGUAUGCUAGUAGUAACGACGACGUUUAGUUCGCUUGAACUUACUUACUUGAAGGCAGAUCUACCCACCCGGCCAAGCCAGUCGAUUCAAAUUCAAGACAAGCAGCUGCAGUUUGUUUUCUGAAAACGUGGAAGAAAUUAAUUUGUCCGAAAGGUGAUGCUCAUCGAGUAGCAGAUAGACAGGCGGUAGCAACUCCAAUUGGCAAAUGGACCACUUGUAAGCCCUGUAGAUCCACAAGACAAACACGCGGAGGACCUCUCGCCGCGUCUUCAAGCCACUGGAGGUUUAGUUACAAUGGAGUAUCACCAAGCCGCUAGCCUCAUGCUGCUCUCCGCGCGAAUUGUGUUUCUAGCCGCGAUCCUGCAGAUAAGUCAUUGCACUGGGGCACAGAGCGGGAUACCGCGCGCCGGGAGGUCGGCGACACAUCGAGAGUAUCAGGAGCGAGUAGUACAGACUGUCCUGUCUCGAUUGGUAGAGGUAGAUAUCGAUAAUGCGAACAGUGCCACCACGGGCACCGCUGGCGCUGGACUGACCCCGCACCAGCAGGCUGAUCCUUUCAACUGCCCCAGUUUACCGGCACGCAAUGCCACCAGCACCAGCGUGCACUCACUGCACCCGCAGGACGUCAAGGUCGUCAUGGCAAUGGGCGAUAGUCUGACGGCAGGCUUCGGGGAGAUGGGAGUGCAGGGGCUGGAGCAUGACCUACUGGAGUGGCGAGGCUGGUCGUUCAGCAUGGGCGGCGCGCCGAACGCCAGCACGAUACCGGCGUACUUGAAGCGCUACAACCCGGAUUUGAUCGGCAUGAGUUUGGGCGAGCACACAUGGGAGUUCUGCUGGGGGCUGAUUUGCCCGGAGCGACGACAUCCCGAACUGGACCGUCUGAACGCGGCCCAGAGCUUCGCCAUGAUGUACAACCUCGCCAACGGAAAAGGCAAUCAACUCUCUUACCUGAUCGAGCAGCUGAAAGCCGACAGUCGAAUCGACUUUGAGAACGACUGGAAGGUCUUGUCGAUAUACAUCGGUUCCAAUGAUAUGUGUGCAGGCUGUGACAACAGUACAGCAUGGCAACCGGUCACGUACAAACUGUACAAGCAGUACUUCCGGCAGGUGCUGACCGGUUUGAAGGCCGGAAUACCUCGUCUGUUCGUCAACGUCGUUCAGCUGAUGCAUGUGUCCGUCGUGCACAAUGCCACUCUGCACUCGGAGUACUGCCGUUCCAUGCACAAGUCCAUCUUUGAGUGGGAGUGCUCCUGUGCGUUCUCCGACACUCCCGACGGCCUGGUGAUGCGGCAGAAAAUGGACAACCUCACGGACUUGUACAAUCUGGCGCUGGAAGAAGUCGUCGCUGAAAUCUCGGCAGAGAAGUCCGACACCUUUGCGGCUGUCAUCCAGCCCGGAUUCACUCAGCCAGUUAACGAAACGUUUCCCAUCUCGUUUCUAUCAACAAUUGACUGCUUCCACCCAUCGCUAGCGGCUCAUAUUGCCAUGGCCAAAGUCCUCUGGAACAACAUGCUGUCGCCGAAGGACAAGAAGCUCAGCACGUUCGACUACCAAGCUCCGUUCAUGUGCCCAACAGCCGACUCCGUUUUUCCAACCGGGUGAGAGCUGAGAGGACCGACACCAACUGCACCAGCCGGGUUGUUUUCCAAGUGUAGCAGACACACGGGCGCUAUAUUCUCAUUCCACUCUUACCCGUCGGAACUCAGCAGAUUGCACGUGCGGCAGAUAAGAACAAGAUGUUAAAGACAGUUUGGUUGCGUACUGCAUUGGACAGUUCGCAAAAGGCGUUCAACGGAUUACAACACCAUGUACCCCAGUUUGAUCAUGCAUUGGCUGAUUGAUUUGAUUUCAUUGCCCCUGAUGCCAUUCCCCAGUUUGAGAUAUGUUAUAUCUAUUCAACAGAACUUUAUCAGUGAGCCUCGAUGAUAACUAUUGCCGUAUCUCCGUGCUAUGAGAUGUCCUGUGGCAUUCCCGGGGAUCUCAUCUCUCCCGGGGAUCUCAUCUAGCACCCCCCACCCCCCCUCCUCCUUGUAAUAUCAAAUCUCUUCCAAAAGUAUAUAAAGCAGAAUGACAUCCCCCUGUCUGUUUGCAGAUGGUAAGUUACAGUGUCUGCUCCAGCGCCGGGUGAGCCGGGUAAUCCACCCGGUUGGGCGGCGCUUGGACCCGGUUGAAAAUAUAGUACCGGGUCACCUGUGACCCGGUUGGUACUUUACACUUUCGAACUUUGAAAGGACUGACUACAUGGCUUGUAUGUGUCAGAUACUUCUUCUUCUUUCGUAAUUUUCUAAUUCCUGUCCUCUCUUUUCUAAAUGCGGCUUAUCCAUUCGCCUUUAUAUCAUUGGGCC